UCUGGCGGCGCCGGCGCCAUUUUGCCGGAGCUUGCGACCCAGUGGGAGUGGAGCGGGGCCCCGGCUUGUUGUUGCCGGCUCUUUCCUCCUCCCCACGGUCCAGACAGCCAGGUUGACUUAGGCCGUCGGCCCUCGCGCCGAGACUUGCCUCUUAGUUAGUUCUGAGGAGCGCCUGGCCGACAUGAGUGAUGUAGAGGAGAACAACUUCGAGGGCAGAGAGUCUCGCUCUCAGUCAAAAUCUCCAACCGGUACUCCUGCUCGUGUAAAGUCGGAGAGCAGGUCAGGAUCUCGUAGUCCAUCAAGGGUUUCCAAACACUCUGAAUCCCAUUCUCGAUCAAGAUCAAAAUCCAGGUCAAGGUCAAGGAGGCAUUCUCAUAGACGAUACACUCGAUCCCGGUCUCACUCUCACAGGAGAAGAUCUCGAAGUAGAUCCUAUACACCAGAAUACCGGCGACGAAGGAGCCGAAGUCACUCUCCAAUGUCUAAUCGGAGAAGACAUACAGGCAGCAGGGCGAAUCCAGAUCCCAACACUUGUCUGGGAGUGUUUGGCCUCAGUUUGUACACAACAGAGAGAGAUCUUCGUGAAGUAUUUUCUCGAUAUGGACCAUUGAGUGGUGUCAACGUGGUUUAUGAUCAGCGUACUGGGAGAUCACGUGGAUUUGCUUUUGUGUAUUUUGAGAGAAUAGAUGACUCCAAGGAGGCCAUGGAAAGAGCAAAUGGAAUGGAGCUGGAUGGAAGAAGAAUUCGUGUGGAUUAUUCUAUCACCAAGAGAGCACAUACACCUACACCAGGCAUCUACAUGGGCAGACCAACUCAUAGUGGUGGUGGAGGUGGUGGUGGAGGUGGUGGUGGAGGCGGCGGUGGUGGCAGACGUCGAGAUUCUUACUACGAUAGAGGAUAUGAUCGAGGGUAUGACAGAUAUGAAGAUUAUGAUUAUCGGUACAGAAGAAGAUCACCUUCUCCUUAUUAUAGUCGAUACAGAUCCCGAUCAAGAUCUCGUUCUUACAGCCCAAGACGCUAUUGAUCAUGGAACGAUUGCAAUUAAGGAUGUUAUUCUCUUUUCUUUUUCUCUGUUUUUUGUUAUUUGUUUUGCUUUUCUUUUUAAUCCUGGGUUUCCUCUAGCUUCUAAUCUUUCCUAAUCCUUAAAAAAAUUUCUUGGUUUACUGGCAUCUACAUACACUUUGUCAGUUGUGUUGUCCACCACUUCUGUUAUACUCUUAAAAAUGUAAUUGUCAUUUUGAAUAGUUCAAACAUCUUGAGUAAAAAAGGAACCCAGUAUUCAUGCUUUGUGAUUUUUUUUUUUUUAUCUUUAUGGAGGAUUAACUCCUAGCUAAUCAUAUGGGGAAAGAAAUGACUUUUGUGUCAGAUAUUGUAGUAGGCGUUAUAAUAGAAAUUUGUAUUUUCAACAGACUUUUUUAACUUUCUUCUGAGGAAGUUAGUAACACAUGAAGUAGUUGUCACGUCAGGUUUGUCUGGGGAUGGCAUGGAAUAGUCAAAUACUUGAGUGUAGAAAAUUUGAAGCUAUAGAGGAAAACACUUGGACAUUUCUUUUGAAGAAUGUAAAUUUUGAACCCAAAAAAUUAGACAAAAAGCUUGUAGACUCCACACAUGUUGUAUUUGAAAUAUAUCUGUUAAGCCUUACAACUUAAUGUGUGAUUUUUUUUUUUUUUUUUUUUUUUUUUUUUUUUUUUUGGUGUGUGUGGUGUGUGUGUGUUAAGUUUAUUGAAGUUUUAAGUAUUCUCUUGAUCAGUGAAGGACGACCCUUAUUUAUUAUCUAGAGGAAUUGUAUAAUUUGCUGUUCAAAAUUUUAGUAUUGGGACAUUGGUUAAGUGGGCUGUCGUAUAGUAUAGGGCCUUUGAAGAUACAUGUAGGAAAAAGUAGUCUCCAUUCAAAUAAAAGUUAAUUUCUUUGAA